UUUCAAGUGUUAUCUUUUUUGAGGAGGUUGAGAGCCACUUUGGAGUGUAUGACAUGUCUUCUUUUUUUCCUCCUUUUCCUUGCGUCAUGAGAACAAGAGAGUUACAAGUGAAAAGUAGAAUGGGUUGAUAAUAUAUCAUGAUAGUUUGUAUUGAUUGGACUUGUGUCUUGUAUUUCUUUCACUUGUUGAUAGAUAAUAGGAUAGGAUUCAAUGACUCGUUGGUUUAUUUGUUUCCAUUAGGAAGAACAAGGACAUACAGUAAUAAUCAGUCAUUAAGAAAAAUAGAUAUUACGGGGCUGUAUUGGAAAAGGUUGCUUAUUUUUCUUCUCGUUAUUAUUUUUUUGGAUUGGAUAUAUUCCUCCUUGAUUAUAUAGAAAAGAAAAGAAAAAUGCAUCCAGAAAUACAAAGUAGAUGGAAAUUAUUUUAUAUUUUAUUUUUAUAUAUCAAAAGAGAGCGAAACAAAUAUUCAUUCGGAUGUCCAUUGGGAGAUUGGCCUUUUCAUUUUUCUAUUGUAAGAAUUGCCCGCCCAUCACAUCGCUGUUUGGUGGAUCGAUUCAUUCGUUGAGAAGAAAAAUGAUUCAAUAAGGCUUUAAAAAUGUUGCUUUGUUUUGAAAAAAUAAAAUUAGGUUGUUUGAGUUUGGCUUGUUGUAUUACAAUGAAAACUCUCUGUGUUGGUUUAUUCUUUUUGUUAUGCAUCUCUUAUUAUACAUAUGCCACACCUCUAAUAUCUAGUCAACGCUCUCAAGAUUCCUCUGUACUGUAUAAUUGGAAAGCAGAGUCUCAGCCUCAAAUGAGAGCAGCUGUGAAUGCAACUGCUGCACCUUCACCGAGUGUCACUGCUGGAGAAGCAGAAAUUCAAUUAGGAUUUGUUGCAUCGACUGUAAGAAUGGCUCAAAAGUUUGGACUAUUAGCUUCCAGUGAAAGAACAGUCAUUUCAGUGACUGAAGAAGCAGAUGCAGAUAAGCUUAUUUUGGAUAAUGCAUCUCCUUAUAGCGUUAUUGAAGUGGCCUAUGUUGGUAGUCCUUCACCAUUUGCAGUAGCAUUUGAUGUCAUUGUUCCUUAUAGUGAAGGUUCCAGUUACUUGAAAGAAGUAACUAGCAACACAACGUUUCAAAAUGAUUUAAGAACUACUUUGAAUCUACCAACGAGUUAUGUUUUCAAGGCGACUGAAGUUGUUUCAGCGACUCCAACACCCACAGUAUGUUAUACUUAUGCUGCUUAUGGUCAAUAUGUCCCUUGUACUAGUACUCCUACAGUUUGUUAUACUUACCACUCAUAUGGACAAUAUAUUCCUUGUACUACUACUACUCCUUAUCCAAGCUAUUCUUCCUCCUAUUCUAGUUCAUCCUAUCCACAAGUGCCUACUUAUCCUUUUAUUCCCUCUUUUUAAAAAGGUAACUGUUUUUUUUGGAUAUCUAGUUUUACAUAUGUGAUGAUACAUGAGUGUUGUGAAAUUGAAUAUGAGCUCUAGUCAUUUCUAUAAAAACAUUUUGGCUAGUAUUCUACUAUAUGAAUAUUUAUCAUUCAUUGUUUUUCGUUCAUUGA